AUGUGGACGCUACUUCUAUUCUUCGUUUUAAUCGGACUGCUCACCCCAUCUCCCUCGAUCGCCAGCUGGAAUGAUGGGUUUCACGAGCAUCUGGCGACAUAUCUGCGUCCUGGUGAGCCGCACAUCCAAGACGGACAGAUGCUGCUCAACAUGCUGUACAUGCACAACCAAGUGCAGGUCUUUUGCCAGCGACCCACACCUCUGACCUGGUGGAAUGUCUUCCAAAGCAACCGCCUGCGUUUGCAAAUAGCCGCUGGCGGGGAUUACAGUCAGUAUAAGGGAGCCACAAUACGGGAAAUCUUUCAGGCACAUCGACUGCUCAACGAGUGCUACGAGGGAAAGCCAUUGGGAUCUUCAGCAGCGGAGCAACGAAUUAUUCCAAUGACUGCCCAUGAGCACGUCUGUUAUGGGAUCUACACCAACGAGCCGUUUGUUCUGACGCUUGAGGAGAUCAGUUGCGAUUUGGAGAGGAUGGCGCAGUUUACCUUUGCCCUCGUCUUGUGGCUGAGCUGUCCGCAUCUGGCGGACUCCCUGCUGGGCUUCUACUGCUCGGCGGCAACCGUGGGUGCUCAUUUAGCGGGCGUGGCAGUGGUUGGAAUUACCCUAGUUUCAUCGAACAGCGAACGAUCCCUCGAACUAAGAACCCUCAAGGAGAAUUUCAAGGAGGUGCUUCAGGAACGUCCUACUGUGAUGACCCUGUCUCUGGUGUUUGGUGCCUGGUUGCUCCAGUCCGCCUGCCAGCGGUUCUAUUAUCUUUGGCGUCGCUCUCUCCUGCGCCGCUUGCACCAUCGCUUCUUGAGGAUUACCUCCUACUGGCUAAUCCUCAGCGCCUCGGAUGACAGGACCUUUGGAUGGAUCUGCAUAUCCCUACUGAUCCCUUGGCCGGAACUUUGGUGGCUGAUGCGAUGGUUAAGAAUUAAAUACGCUAGCUAUCAGCAGGUUUUGAAAGAUUUUCAGGAAACAUCGCACCAGGUUUCUCGAAUGCUGCAGCCGCGGAUUUCGUCUAGAUUUUCAGACGGUGGCAUUGAUUUGGGAAUCGCUACUUCGGACAAUGACUAUAUUUUAUUUCCAAGAAAUGACAGUUCCAAUAGAAGUAAUAUGAACUUUUACCAGGAGGAGAGGGAACGACGCUACGAAGAGAGUGGCGAUAGCACCGUAUCAAACUUUCUCAAUCGACCUUCCACCUGGAACUGCCUGAACAGGCGACUCCAGUUAACUCCUAACCAAACAGAGGUGAUUCGCACCCGGUCCUCAGGCAGCCAAGAACCUUAUUCCUCCCCCAAAGUUUCCGUGACUACCUUAUACAAAAAUCUCAGCUUCUCAAACUCCGAGCGCAGCCUCCGCGAUCAAUAG